UGUGGCGUCACCGACAGGGAGCGCGAGCAAGACUCCCGAGCGGAAUCGGAGGCUGUUGCCAGAGUCACAGGAAAAUGGCGACCGCCGGUCCUGCAGAACCGGGCUUCAGUGCCCCCCCAGACUUGAGGACUCCCUUCUGGAGGAUGCUGACCUCUCAGAGAAGGUCCAGUCGAAAAACGGCUUCACCAGAGGGUCCAGGGUCGUCUCAAAGUAUGAAGAAGACUAUUGGUCAUCGAGGGAUCAACCCUACUGGAGAGACCACUUACAAAAAGACAACUUCUUCUGCCCUGAAAGGAGCCAUUCAGCUUGGUAUUACCCACACUGUGGGAAGCCUGAGCCAGAAGGCUGAGAGAGAUGUCCUUAUGCAGGACUUCUAUGUAGUAGAAAGCAUAUUCUUCCCUAGUGAGGGCAGUAAUCUGACGCCUGCACAUCACCAUGGUGACUUCCGAUUUAAGACUUACGCACCCAUUGCCUUUCGUUACUUCAGAGAACUCUUUGGCAUUCGACCCGAUGACUACCUGUACUCUCUGUGUAAUGAUCCUCUGAUAGAACUGUCGAAUCCUGGUGCGAGUGGCUCGAUCUUCUACGUCUCCAGCGAUGAUGAAUUUAUUAUUAAAACUGUCCAGCACAAAGAAGCUGAGUUCUUGCAAAAACUACUGCCAGGAUAUUUCAUGAACCUGAACCAAAACAAACGGACGCUGCUGCCCAAGUUCUAUGGACUGUACUGUGUGCAGGCAGGGGGGAAGAACAUACGCAUUGUGGUGAUGAACAACCUUCUGCCACGCUCUGUACCAAUGCACCUCAAAUAUGACUUAAAAGGCUCCACUUACAAGCGCCGUGCCUCUCCCAAAGAGAGGGAGAAAACUGUGCCCACCUGCAAAGACCUUGACUUCAUCCAGGACAUGCCUGAGGGAAUUCAGCUCGAGCCAGACAACUACAACGCUCUCAGUAAGACCAUCCAGCGAGACUGCCUGCUGUUGCAGAGCUUUAAGAUCAUGGACUACAGUUUGUUGGUUGGAAUCCACAAUGUGGAUCAGGCGAGCCGUGAGCGUCUCGGUGCAGGGGAAAGCUGCAGGCCAGUGGAGGGGACAGUCACACCUGACCAGAAGAGGCCUCAGGCCCAGAAAGCCCUGUACAGUACGGCUAUGGAGUCCAUCCAGGGAGAGGCACGUGGGAAGGGCACAGUGGACAGCGAGGACCAGUGGGGAGGUAUCCCAGCUCGCAACAGUAGAGGAGAGCGGCUACUGGUUUACAUUGGCAUUAUUGACAUUCUGCAGUCAUACAGAUUCAUCAAGAAGUUAGAGCAUUCCUGGAAAGCACUGGUUCAUGAUGGGGACACUGUGUCUGUUCACCGACCAGGUUUCUAUGCAGAGCGAUUCCAGCGCUUUAUGUGCAACACUGUAUUUAGGAAAGCAAUGAAGUCAUCACCAUCGAAGAAGAGCCGUGCAGGUUGUCAGAGUGUGGCUAGGAGGCUGCCCAUGGGCACUGCUUUCCCGACUGCCCAGUCCAGCAGCCACAUGCUUCUUGAUGCUCGACUUGUCUACCAUUCACACUUUACCCACCCUGACACAGAUGUCGAAAUUGGCAUGCAGUCAGACAGACCUGACCUGCUCCCGAGCAUGCCUCCCACAGCUGGACCCUCGAGUGAAUAUGAAGCAGCUGAUAUGCCUAAUCCCUCAGUGCCCCCAAUCAGGUCAGUAGGGGUGGAGGUGCACAAAUCUGCAAGCACAGAAGCUGAUAGCAACACUUUUCUCAGUUUGGGAGCUGAAGUUACAGAUGAGCAGAUGGGUAAUGAAGAUGCUAUUUCUCUCAAAGACAUCAUCCCAGAGACCAACAUUUGUUUUUAAGACAGCCUGAAAACGUGAUACAGGAAAAGAGGGAGACAUGAAAAUGCAUAUGAACGAGAGCCUCAGAUCAAUUGAAUUAGAAGUCGUCUCUCACUGUGGGAAGGAGUGGAAGGAAUUCCAAGCCUUUGGAGUGACACUCCAGUGGGUAUGGGCCGGAGAGUGUGAGCGAUAGACUCUCUUCUCUUUCUCCACCACAGGGUAUGCUGCUAUAACUCCACCUGUUGACUACACAGUUCCUUUCCUGAGCUUCAGAGUCGCCUUCGGUCUCACACUGCACGUUGUUCAUAAACACGUAGACUUUGGUCUUUCCAUUCAAACACACAGUUUUGUUGCUCGUACAUACAUGUACAGAGAAAGAAGACUGAAAUUAUUUAUUCUAUAUAAAUUCUGUUCUGACUUUGCUCUAUUUUUACAACAGUUAUAAGAGGACUUUGUGAACAAAUUAUAUUGCUAUUUCAUACUGGGUGUUAACACUCUUUUUAUGUCAGACAGUAUUAGUUAAAUUCUCUGGUGGACUUUUUCCUUUAUUCCCAUAAUUAUGAAGAUGAUCUGAAAUGAUUCCUUCAUGGAGAUCUGCUUUUGCAGUAAUGUGCAUACCAGGCAUGUAAUUUGCAGUUUAACCUGUAGGGUUAUUUCAGAAUGAUGCAUCUUCAGACCUGCAGAAACACAUCAUUGUUGACGUGGAUGCUGGAGCAAACCAAGAUGCGUGGCCCUGUUCAGUAAUUAAUUACUCUAGCCCUGUUGUGAAUGGGGUGAUCUCUGAACUGUCAUGACUGAGAUCUACCUGAUAUUUGACUUCAAAAUUCAGUCAAAAUGGUAGUUUUUUUUUUUUUCCUCUCAAAAACUAAGAAGCAAAUAUUGUUCUUGUGCUAAGAAGCAAAUAUUGUUUUUGUGCUUGUCUGUUCUGCUAGUGUCUUAAUCAGUGUUUUGGUGCCAAUCACUUUAAUUUUCUGUUAACUUUCUUUUGUUAUUCUACUCUUGAAGAUCUUGCAAGCUUUUUUGUCAAUCUCAAGUGUUUCCAUUCUUUUAAAUGGACCAAUCAGCAGUGUAGAUUCAUGAGUGGAUGGACGGGCUUGCUUGUUUUUAAUGCCAGUGGCCUUCAAUUCAUUGAUUUGUACUGUAUUUUUGUAAAUAGUUGUGUAAAUAUUAUUCACUUUUGUGUGUUUGCAUACCUAUUAUAAAGACUAAUAUGCUUUUAUGAAGCAGUAUGUAUUCUAAACUAACAAAUUAACAUGUUUAUAUUUGUUAUACUUUCUUGGCAUGCCUCAUCUGCUUCAUUAACAGUGCACUCUUUCAGAGCUUGCUAAUUUCUGCUGGAUACAGAAAUUACCUACAUUCGGUACAUUACUUAUGCAAGUGGUCAUUUCAACGUGACAGUAAUCAUUACAGUUCUUUUGCCGCAUUUAUAUACCUCAGUUAAAAAUUUCAGCUCUUUGUGCAUUUCUUGUGCUUUGCUUUAUUUUUCCCUGCAUUAUAUUGUAACAUAAAUCUUUUUCUGGAAACACACUUUUAUUUAACGUAUCUAAAUUGUCCACAGUUAUACAUUUUUGUUAGUUAAGCAUUAUUUUGCACAAAAGGUGUGAAGGAAUUUGCCCCCUCCCCCCCUGAGUCAUGGACAAAAACGUGUAACUCAAACUUGGUGUAUAUAUUAGCUAUAUAUGGUGUUCUGCUCAAACUAAAGGCAGUGUCCAUGCACCAUGCAAGUAUUUUAUCAUGUGCUUUUUGAUUUUAGAUAUUUUGAAUGAGUGCAGUGUGGGACCAAGUGUUCUGAAAUUUUUCUGAAGUGCAGAGUUGAGCUGUUCCACAAGAGACUAAGUGGCUGAAGGUGCUUGAGUAUGUUUGAAUGUGCACUAACAGAGUGGGACGUUUAUCGUUUCUUGUUGAUAAAAGCACUGUACUGGUUUGGUCACCUAUACACGCUUAGUGUUCUCUUGAGUAAUUGGUUUACUUUUCAGAGCUGAUGAAGGGGAAAUUUAGAGUGGCCAUCUUGAUUCUUCAUCCUAUUCUUUCAAAUACACUAAGUUUGUAAUGGCACAGUUUGCGUCACAUGAUACUGCUGCUGUUUCCAGCAUUUGCCUGACAGGUUAACUUUACUAGUUUCAUCUGUUUUUUUUUUUUUUCACGCCUAUUAAACGCCAUCUACAUUAAAAGGAUGCACAAUAUGCAUCCUACAUGUUAGACAAGCCAGACUUGUCCUAAAACAGUAAGACAAUAGAUUUUUUUUUUAAGGCUGUCUUGUUACAUGAAGAGCCUUUAAGAUGAAACUUAAUGAAAAUUUGUUAAGCAGUUUUUAUCUUGGAGUUGAAUAAAAUGUGAACAUUAUUUUGCAACCAUAAUUGAAACCUAAUACUGAAUGACAUUAAUUUCAUCAACUUCACAAGUGCUGGGACACUAUGUGGUUACUUUAUGGCCACCAUGGUGCUGGAUAUCCAAAAGGAUCCUACCUGAAUACAGUAAAUGUAUUCAAGGGUGUCAUAUGGAGUGGUAUGCAGUCAACAGUGCACCAAACUCGGAGAAGAGAAUCUUUAAUAUAAAAUUUGUAAAUGCUGAUUGUCUGUAGGAGGCAUAAAAUCGAAACUGAGCUCCAGUAUCUAAACAGGAUUUGCAAAAAUGGACACAAUUGUCAUGCUUGGCCUCGAUGACCCUAACAUUUUCUUCUGGAAUUGCUAUUGUUUCGCUUGUCUUGGGUUCUGUAUUUUUUAACUGGCUGAAAUCUUGUAACCAAGAAUAACCAGUGUUCUGAUUAGAGUAACAUGACAUUUAAAGAGAAUAUGCCUUUUCCUGUUGACAAAGCAAGUGCAAAAUGUACUACAGUGGUUGAAGUUUCAUGCACUUUAUGCUGUCAUGAUUUUAUAUCUUUAACUGUGUUUUUCUUUCCAGUGUGCAGGGUAUGGCCUUACUUGUGUAUGCUCAAAGGUUCAACCAACCAAUCAGCUUCCUUUUUUUUAUUAUUUCAAAUCAUUCUUGUUUUCUUUGCAUUUCUUGAGACCUGAACUCCAGUGCCCUGAUGAAGGCAGGGGUACCUAGUCAUAUGACAGGUGCCUGAAGACUCCUUUGUGUCUGUGUGGUUCAAAUUUGUGUUAACUGAAUGAUGAGUGAGUAUUCAGCUAAUGCUCCUGGCCAUAGGUCUUUUUGCAGUAUUUUAAUUUUACUGACACAGACUUGUGGUGAAACUGACUAAUGCACAACAGACACAUCAGUCUUGCACAAUUCACACAAGAUAAUAUGCUGGCAACAAAGACACUACCAUAUGAACUAUUGCAAUAUUACAUUUCUGCCAGCUUAUGUUUUGGUAACUAUAUUUAUUAGGAAACCGUUUUUUGUACCUUGUAUGAUUGUAUGAAUCCUAAUAUUCCGUGUACUAUAGACAAUUGUUUGAAUGCUGUUAAGCAACAGAAAAUCAUUUUCUGAAAUUGCAUUUCUGGCAAAGGUGGGAGUCUGACAUUGUACACUGUAUUUGUUGUGUUUAAGCUAUUAUAUAUUAUUUUUUGUAAAAACCUGAAUGUCUGGUGGUUUCAGGAGUGGAAGGAUUGCCUAUAUUUUUACUCAGCUUGUGUAUAAUGUGUAUAUGUACUGUAUAUAAACAGCACGCAAAAACCCCUGCCCAUUCCCCCAUCUUGUUAAUCACCUGCCUUUCCUGCCAAUUUAAUGUGGUGGUGGUUUUUUUUUUUCAUAUUGUCACUUAGAUUUUAAAUAGGCUAAUAAAUUUUUAAACUUUU